AUAAAUCAAACCCCCACCCUCUCCACCACCAUCCUCCCCUAGUCGUCCUCUCCCCUUCCACUCUCGAUUCGCCCCGUCUUCCCAAGCCCUGCCUCCUCUGUUCCUCCGCUAGCGACAAAACCCUAACCCUAACCGGCGGGGACGAGGAUGGCGACGCAGCCGCCCUCCUCCGCCGCUGCCGCGGUUGACCUCUAUGAGACGGCCUCGCAGCCGGACGCCCCCGCCGCCGGCGACGCGUACACUUUUCUCGAGUUCAACACGCAAGGGGACGACUUCGAUUACCCCGACUUCCCAGAGCUCUCCCAGCCGCCGCCUCGAUCCACGCCGCUAACGUCCUCCGUCCCCGGCGCCGGCGCGUCGUCCUCGUCGUGGCCUGCCCCACCGCCGCCGCCGUCCGACGCGGCCUCCCCGGAACCCGAUCUCACGCCUCAGGACGUCCCCACCCCGCUGGCCUCCUCCUCCUCGCCGUCGCCGCGGUCCGCCUCCAAGGCGCGCUCGUCGGCUGCGGCGGAUGGGCUCGCCUCCGGGGUUGCCGCACUCAGCUUCGAGGAGCCUGUAGGAGCCGGCGCCGGGGAGGACGGGUACGACUACGGCAAGGGAGACUUCGUGGAACACGCCUGCCGGUACUGCGGGAUCCACAAUCCUGCGUGCGUGGCGAGGUGCAACGUGCCCUCCUGCCGCAAGUGGUUCUGUAACUCGCGGGGGAACACCUCUGGCUCCCACAUUGUCAAUCACCUGGUUAGGGCAAAGCAUAAGGAAGUGUGCCUUCACAAGGAUAGCCCUUUGGGAGAAACAAUUCUCGAAUGUUACAACUGUGGUUGUCGGAAUGUAUUUCUUCUUGGGUUUAUCUCAGCAAAGUCGGAGAAUGUUGUCGUUCUAUUAUGCAGAGAGCCAUGUUUAAGUGUUAAUGCACUGAAGGAUAUGAAUUGGGAUCUCAGCCAGUGGUGCCCACUUAUCGAUGACAGGUGUUUCUUGUCGUGGCUUGUAAAGGUACCUUCAGAGCAGGAGCAGCUAAGAGCUCGCCAAAUUAGUGCCCAGCAAAUUAACAAAGUGGAAGAGCUCUGGAAGACAAAUCCUGAUGCAUCUCUUGAAGAUCUUGAAAAGCCUGGUGUAGAUGAUGAACCUCAGUCAGUUGUUUUGAAGUAUGAAGAUGCUUAUCAGUACCAAAAUGUUUUUGCGCCACUGAUAAAGCUUGAGGCUGAUUAUGACAAGAUGAUGAAAGAGUCACAGAGCAAGGAUAAUGUAACUGUCCGGUGGGAUAUUGGGUUGAACAAGAAGCGUGUAGCUUACUUUGUCUUUCCAAAGGAAGACAAUGAGUUGAGGCUUGUGCCUGGAGAUGAGCUACGCUUGAGAUAUCCUGGUGAUAGCUCACAUCCCACAUGGCAAUCUGUGGGACAUGUGAUUAAGCUCACUGCACAAGAGGAGGUGGCACUUGAGCUUCGUGCUAGUCAGGGGGUGCCUACUGAGCUAAACGUUGGAUUCAGUGUGGAUUUUGUUUGGAAGAGUACCAGUUUUGAUAGGAUGCAAGGAGCGAUGAAAACUUUUGCUGUGGACGAGACAAGUGUCAGUGGAUACAUAUACCAUCACCUUUUGGGACAUGAAGUUGAGCACCAAAUAAUACGUAAUACCCUGCCAAGACGCUUUGGUGCACCUGGACUUCCAGAACUAAAUGCUUCCCAGGUUUUAGCAGUUAAAAGUGUCCUGCAGAAGCCUGUUAGCUUGAUUCAAGGUCCACCUGGCACUGGAAAAACUGUCACAUCUGCUGCAAUUGUGUAUCACAUGGCAAAACAAGGUCAAGGACAGGUUCUUGUAUGUGCCCCAAGUAAUGUUGCUGUUGAUCAGCUGGCAGAGAAGAUAAGCUCAACUGGUCUCAAGGUUGUUAGGCUGUGUGCAAAAUCUAGAGAAGCUGUUUCGUCUCCUGUUGAGCAUCUGACACUUCAUUAUCAGGUUAGGCACCUUGAUACCUCUGAAAAGAGUGAAUUGCACAAGCUACAGCAACUGAAAGAUGAACAAGGUGAAUUGUCCAGCAGUGAUGAGAAGAAGUACAAGGCCCUAAAGCGUGCCACUGAAAGAGAGAUACUGCAGAGUGCUGAUGUCAUUUGUUGCACCUGUGUUGGUGCUGGAGAUCCUCGUCUUUCAAACUUCCGUUUCCGACAAGUUCUUAUUGAUGAGUCCACACAGGCAACAGAACCUGAAUGUCUUAUUCCUUUGGUGCUUGGUGUCAAGCAGGUUGUCCUUGUCGGAGAUCAUUGUCAACUGGGUCCAGUCAUCAUGUGCAAAAAAGCAGCCCGUGCAGGGUUAGCACAAUCUCUCUUUGAACGCCUCGUUAUCCUUGGAGUGAAGCCAUUCAGGUUACAGGUCCAGUAUAGAAUGCAUCCUUGCCUCUCAGAGUUUCCAUCCAACUGCUUCUAUGAAGGCACACUGCAAAAUGGAGUGACUGUUAAUGAGAGGCAAUCGUCUGGAAUUGAUUUUCCUUGGCCUGUUCCAAAUCGGCCUAUGUUCUUCUAUGUGCAGAUGGGACAAGAAGAGAUCAGUGCUAGUGGGACAUCGUAUCUCAAUAGAACUGAAGCUGCAAAUGUUGAAAAAAUUGUAACAACAUUUUUAAGAAGUGGUGUUGUACCCAGCCAGAUUGGAGUUAUCACACCUUAUGAAGGACAAAGGGCAUACAUCGUAAAUUACAUGUCAAGGAAUGGCUCUCUUCGCCAACAACUUUACAAGGAAAUCGAGGUUGCUAGUGUAGACUCAUUUCAGGGUAGAGAGAAAGACUACAUUAUUCUAUCUUGUGUUAGAAGCAAUGAGCACCAGGGAAUUGGGUUUCUCAAUGAUCCGCGCAGGUUAAAUGUUGCGUUAACUCGUGCACGUUAUGGGAUAGUUAUUCUUGGUAAUCCAAAAGUACUAAGCAAGCAGCCACUUUGGAAUAGCUUGUUGACACAUUACAAGGAGCAUGAGUGCUUGGUAGAAGGGCCUUUGAACAACUUAAAGCAGAGUAUGGUGCAAUUUCAGAAGCCAAAAAAGAUAUAUAAUGACCGGAGAUUGUUCCUGGGCGGUGGUCAAGGUGUCAUGCAUGGGGCUGGGGCGUCAAGCCAAGCAGCAGAUAAGAGAAGCGGCAGGGGGAAAGCAGGACAAUCAUUUGUUCCUUAUGGCCCUCCAAAUGGGGUGCAUAAGCCUGGCGUGCACCCAGCAGGCUAUGCUGUACCUCGUAUGCCUUUUCCUCCAUUUCCUGGGGCUCCACAUUCUCAACCAUAUACGAUUCCGACCCGGGGUUUGCAUGGGCCCAUUGGAGCUGUUCCACCGGUGCAUCAACCUGGAAGUAGAAACUUUGGGGCGCCUCGUUCAAAUACUGGUGGGCCUAUUGGUGGCCACCUUGCUCAUCAACAGAACUCCCAGCAAGCUAUGGGGGGCAUCGGGUCAAACUUUAACUACACUGGCAUGGAGAAUCCGAGUAGUCAGCCUUCUGGUGGAGCCCAAAUGUCCCAAACUGGAUUAAUGACACAGAUGCCUGUCCAAGGACUAAGUCAAACAUUCCGUGAUGGUUUUUCCAUUGGUGGGAUGUCUCAGGACUUCUUUGUAGAUGAUUUUAAGAGCCAAGGGUCACAUGUGCCAUACAACAUUGCAGAAUUUUCUACCCAGGCUUCUCAAGGUGGUUAUGGCGUUGAAUUUACUCAAGCGCCCCCAUCUGGAUACUCUGGGAGUUAUAUGAACCAAAAUGCACAUCCUGGAUACUCCCAUAUUGGUACAACAAAUGACAUUGUAUCUCAGGAUCACAUGGCCCAUGGAUCUCAUGGAAUGUUUACACAAGCGGGAUAUAAUGAUCCCUCACAAGAUGACUCGUCUCAGAUUCAUUAUGGAAUGGCUGCUGCUGGCCCCCUACAGUCGCAGAGUAUGAUGAACCCCUUGUACUCUCAAUCCUAUGCUCACUACAACACCCAACCACAGUCUCUUCAACCUCCUCCCCAGUGAUAAUGAAAGCUUGUGAUAGGGUGAAGCCACAUUUUGGAAGUUUGGUGGGUUGCAUCUUUUGGCCCACAUGUUGUGCCCUUCUCCGCUAUUUCAGAAUCGAUGGUGCAUAGACAUCAGAUGCAAGCAAUGGGAACAAGCAUAUCAUGGCACACUAAGUAUUGGAUAUUUAUCGGGGCAGGCUUGUACAAGAUGGCUAUGGCUAUUGACCAACGGCCAGUGCUGAGGAGCACAAGGAUUGCAACGUAUCAUGUUCUUGAUCGUUGUAGUCGACUACCCGCUUUGACCACAAGAGGGGUCAUAUUGUGCAUCGAGAGAGGUUGACGGCACUACCCUCAUCUCUCACCUGUAUAGAAAGGCAAUCGGGGCCUAUAAUGGUACGAUGUGAAUAUUCCAGGAUUUGCUGUCACUCAGAAAGUCAAAGUCGCAGCAUUGCAUGCCUACAUGGUACCAUGAAGACGCCCGCAGAGUGGCUUUGUAUAGAGGUGCUAUAGGUGGGGUGGCCAACCCUUUCGGAUAUCUCACAUGGCAAGAUAUUUACCUUUACAUUUUGUAUGCAUCCGAUAUAGUUUUCAUAUUUAUGCCACAAAAAUGAUUUAGGUGAUGGUAAAAGUAGUUUGUGAUGAUUGAAAAUUUGGGAGUGCUGUGAAAGUCAGUUUGAUACUUUUGUGGGGAAUGGCUGAUCGUAGUGGGAUUUAUUUUAUUAUAAUUUGGAUGGUCUGUUCAGAGAAAUAUUCAUGCUUUGGUGCAGCACGUAUUUGUUCUAUUUCUUUCAGCAAGUGGUUCCUUUGUAAGAGGUCAACUCUGGAAUGAAAUCUUGGUGUUAAUUUUGUGUUU